AUGUGUAUAAUGGAUUUUGGCUUAGAUGAAAUUGAAGAAAGCGAACAAGCCGAUAUAUUAAGACUAUUAAGUGCCCCUAAGUUUGAAAGUAGACAACAAUUCUUAAUUGUCAUACCGGAAUACCUCAUUAAACAUCUGCUAAAAAUAAGACAAAUAGCAUUACUCAAUAGUCCAGAGAUCAACUAUUCAAACCCAACUAACUUAAAAAGCCUAAUAUAUGGUUCUCUUCUACCCUAUGAAGAUCCUAUAUUUUAUAAGCAUUAGAUCUUACAAAACAUAGUAAAAAACACAAAUCUGAAAAUAAUGGAGUUGCUUGAUUCCAAAAAAAAAGCAAUCAACGUUAUUAAGAAAAGAGAGAUUCAAAUCUUGAACCACUAGAUCGAGACUUCUAUAAAAAAAUAAACUACCAAAUUUACAUAAAAAAAGAAUUGCCCUCAAUGCCUAUGUAAAAUUAGAGGUUUCAAAGCAAAUGAAGAAUAAAUCAAAACUGCUCAAACACUCAGGUGCAAAGGAUGUAAAGAGUAUUAUCAUUCUUGUUGCAUUCAAAAAUAAUAAUAGGAUAAGUAAAUAAAUUUUAUGUGUCCUGCAUGUCAAUUGUCAUUUGCAAGUCCUUUGGAGAAAGUUAUAUCUGUAUUACAUGAACCAGAAAUUAUAAAUUUGGUAGAUGAAAACAAAGAAAAGACUUUACUAUUUGAAUGCCCCAAUUCUGAAUCAAACUAUCAAAUUCAAAUGAGAUGUCUAUAGAUAGGAAAUGUUGAUAAAUUAACUUGGCCAGAAUCCGGAGAGAUCUAUUUAAAUAACUUAAAAGUGAUAUAGUUUGAUUCGAAAAUGGGUCAAAAGAGUGGUGAAUCUUAUAUUGUUACUUAAUCAGUCAAAUUUGGAUCUACAAAUAAAAUAACAAUACUAUACUAACAGUCUAUUUUUAAAUAGCUUAUGUCAUUGAAUAUUAGUCAGAAAUAACAGACUGAGACUCAAAACUAUUAUCUAUUUGCAGUCUAUAGUGUUAAAGUGUUUAGUCCUAGAGAUUGGCUAUAUGAUUUAUAAAAAGACUAAUCAGUAUCAAUUCAAGAAUCCUCAAACCGAAUUUCAACGUUCAUUAAUUAAAUAGGGGAAACCACAUUAAAGGUUUCUUUACUAGAUAUACAGACUUUGAACCUUAUGAAAAUUCCUGGGAGAGGAUUUAGAUGUACUCACAUUUAAUGUUUUGAUUUAGAAAUAUUUGUUAAAUUAAAUUAAAUAGAAAACAAAUGGAUUUGUCCAAUUUGCUAAUAAAAGUGCCACAAAUUAGUUAUAGAUUAAUUUUAAAAGGCAAUAAUUGAAAAUAUAGUAGAGUAACAAUUGAAAAAGACAGAAAUAGAAUUCGAUAGAGAUGGUAAACUAACAGAACAACUAAUUGAAUAUAAUUAGAAAAGUUCAAAUUUAGAUGAUGAAAUGUAAAUUGAGCUAUGAAACAUAAAUCAAUUCUAGAUGAAAAUUGUUAUUACACAUAUAUGA